AUGCGCGCUUGCUUGCCAUGGUGGUUGGCAUGUGUCCACCAAACACUGCAGCUGUCGAUUGCGGCAGCAGAGACGUGCAUCGCUCUGCAUGACAUGAUCUAUUGCCAAUCUGAAAUAUAUUAUCCCCGAGGAAUCCAGCCAAUCAUGUUGAACUUCACGCUCAAUGUGACUUUCUCCCCGCCAAUCUUCAUCGCUGACUUGUCCGUGUAUGCGAGACACACCCUCGACAGCCAUGAAGUGAAGAACGACUUGCCUGUGCAUGCUAAUGUUGUGGUGGCAGAAUCAUUCUUGAGCUUCCCUACUCAGCGUGACACUUUGCGUGGCAAGUUGGUUUGCAACUUUCACGACCCGGCCAGUGACAUUAUCGUCAUGCCACAAUCCACACUUCAACAAAACAGCUACCGGCUGUCUGCCAACCUCAUUGCCAAACAGAUAAACCCACAAAGUUCCGAAACACCUGCGCAGAGGAUAAACAUCAACAGACCAGGAGUUGUGGCAUUCGACAUCACAGAAGACAUGGUCCGAAGUGGAGAGCAGUCCCUGGAGAUCCAUGCGAAUAAUUACAAAAAUGGCAGUAUGGAGAUCUUCCUGUUUCCAGCUGAUGGGAACGGAUGUAUGGACUUCGAGAUUAGCAAGCGGCCAUCUGUGUCAAAGUGUGUCAGCGUGCGGCAGCUCGCAGACUGCUUAUCCUCACAGAAAAUUUCAGACAUCGUUUCAUACAAGUUGCCCAGGUCCAUCCGAUUCACCGUCAAGAGCGAGGGACGUGUGGUUUUGAGCCGCUGGUCAGCUUUGCCACUGUCCGAGGGUCUGUGGUUUGUGCUCUUGAUGCCACAUGGCUCUGACAGUUUCGUGACGUACGAAGUGGCCAUGCGCGGGGCGCGGCCUAGGCCAACCUUGAGCUCGUGUGCUUUGGCUAUGUGGAUCAUCCCCGUGGUGGCUGUCCUAGUUUUCCAGGCUCUCGAUCUACACCUGAAACGAACCUGGCAUGCCCGGCGCGGAUCUCCAAGUUCACGACGCCCCUUUCUUCGUCUGGUCAGAGAGUGGUGCCUGCUGGAUGCCGAUUUCCGGACGUUUCUGUGGCAGAUGGCUGAUGAGGGCAUCAGGCGUGGAUCGCAUGCUGCAAUUAUUUGCGUCUCUGCGGGUUGCUUCUUUCUGGCUGCCAUUCAAAUGGCCAUGGGCAUAUGGGCCGGCCAAAGACAAGCCGGCUCGCUGGACAUCUGCCGCUACAACUUCGAAUGCUACGUUCCUUUCGCCCUUGACCUACCCUUCAACAACAUGCUUUCCCACAUUCCCUACUUUGUCACUGGCGUUCUUUCUAUCAUCAUUGUCACGCACACAGACUACAACCUUACAAUUCAGGCAGAAACAGACGGUGAACCCAGACCACCUGACCUGCGAUUCUUUUAUGCACUGUCGUGGUGCUUGGUGCUGGAAGGCUUCGGCAGUACCUGUUACCACGUCUGUCCCACAUCGUAUCUGUUUCAGUUCGACUCCGCAAUGAUGUUUGUCAUUGCCGUGCUUUCCACAGUCUGCUUGCUGGAUGGUAGUGACGAGGAGCAGAGAGACCCGGUCUCCAGCAUGCCAAGCAUGCGAGCCUCAGAGCGCUUCUUUACGCCAGUCGUGCUCAUGCUAUUGAUCACGGUGCCGAUGUGGACCAUCAGUUUCGUCGGUACUUGGUUUGAUUUCGUGGUACCGGAAUCAGUUCAAGGCGCUAUCUCGUAUAAUCUGUACUGCGGAGCCGUUCUGCUUUGGUUCUUGUUCAUUCUCUUAAAGGUUCAACACGCAUUUCCUGAUUAUGGAGAGUCUGGCUCUUUUUCCUGCUGUGGGCGGAGCAAGGCGCUGGCUGUGACUCGUGUACUUACAUGGGGUCUGGUUGCUGUGAUGCUUUUCCUUCCCGCGGCCCGCAUCCAGUUUGGAGGUAUGUCUAACGUUCUUUUGUUCCUCUCUCUGCUGGUGAUGGUGUUCGUCAUUGGGAGACAGAUGUUGAAACGUGAUAGAAGUCGUCGGGGCAGUUUUUCACUUGAUGAUUCAGUGCGGUGGUUGAGCAAAUUUGGGCUGUUGUUCCUGUUUCUGCUGACGAGCUUCGUGGCACUCCACUUCUUCAAUACAACGAUGACCGAUGUGCUGGUCUCUGCAGCUGAGAGUAGAACCUUCAACAAAGACUGCAUCUUCAUGGGAACCUUCGACGCCCAUGACGUCUGGCACAUGUCGUCAGCCAUCUCGCUUGCCCUGUGGGUUCAAGUCUUUCCUCGGGACAUUUCUUGGCACGCCUUGGCAGCAGGCCAAGCAGCAACGCAGGCAUCCGCUCAGCGCGGCCGCCUGCUGCUGACGGACGUCGACCGUUUGGAAGCGCGAGGCCCAGAGCAGACGCCGGAAACCAGGACGUCAAGCCCAGUUGGCUGCAAUGUCGAUGCUUCCGAGGGAUCCUUGGUAUUGUCGUGCAUUCUGCCGCCCUCCUCGUACUUCACAGUGGCCUUCAGAGAACUCACGCGCCAGACGCAGACAUCGGCAGUGGAUGCUUCCUUCGCACAGCUCUCUCCACAGGACCUGGCAGCUCUGCAGCUGCGGUUGAGCCAGACCGAGGCUUCUUCAAGGAAGCCCUUGGAAAGGCUGCUGGGAAGCAUCCAGAAAUCGAUGGAGGCACGAAUGGAAAUGGCCACCAAGGAGAUUGAGGCCCUGAUGCAGAGCUCCGGAAACAUCGACGACAACAUUCGGGAGUGCUUGCAGCGACAGGACAGUGUCCUCCCGAUCAUGGCAGUCUUGCAGAUGAACAUAGGGCGCGCUCAAAAAGCCGGCAAUCAGCAGCUGGAAAAAGCUCUGACGUACCUGUACAAUAUCAUGAACCAGGAAAUCGAGUCGAAGGUGCCAAUGGUAAAUCGUGUGCUUUCUCGCUGCUUAAGCACCGAGGAUUCAGAUGCGCGAAGGGAGCUUCUUGCAGCGUACUUUGGGGAAACGGCCGGCGAGGAGGAAGCCGCCAAGCGGCCAAAGUCGACGGCCAGCGCCAUCGUGGGCCUGGUCUCCGAGGCUCAGGCACAGGCGACGCAGCCCGGUCUGGAUCUGACAAGCGCCCUGCAGCGGAUCCGGGGAGUUGCACUUGAUGUUGGGGUUGUCCUUGGUGAAGUCUUUGAUGACAAGGUUCAGGAGCGGUUCAUGGAGGAUAUUCAACCCCUGUUCGACGCACUUGCCGCGGAAACGUAG